CGCUCCGCCCCGCCGAGGAUGCUGCGCGCCCGCGCCGCAGGCUGGACCCUGCUGCUGUGCGCCCUGCUGGGCCGCCUGGACGCCCACGGCAGUCCAGGACUACCAACAGCAGUUAAUAUAACUUGGUCUUCAAUCAAUUUUAAAACAAUACUACGGUGGCAACCUAAACCAUCUGAUUAUUUCUACACGGUAGAAAUACUUGGACAGACAUCCAACACCCAAAGAAAAUGCAUUCAGACAACAGAAACAGAGUGUGAUGUUACUGAUGUGCUGAGGAAUGUAAGAGAGACCUAUACAGCACAUAUACUGUCUGUAACGUCCUCCAGGAUGGAUAACUUUGAACAGCCACCUUAUGCAGUCUCUGAAAAUUUCACACCUUAUAAUCAGACUAUUCUUGGAAAACCUGAGAUCCAGAAUUACACACAAAAAGAUUCCAAAAUGAGUAUUGUGUUCAAAGAUCCACUUACACCAUAUAUGUUUCCCAAUGGAAGUUUUCAAAGUGUUCGAGAUAUUUUCAAAAAUGACUUGGAAUAUAAACUCUAUUAUUGGAAAGACCAAAGUUCUGGAAAGAAAGAUGCUACAACAAAAAGCAAUAAAUUUGAAAUAAAUGUCGAAAGCACAAAGAACUAUUGCUUCUACAUACAGGGAAUCAUUCCCUCUCGCAGUAAAAGCCGUACUGGUCAAGAAAGCAUGGUGCUUUGUACCAGCGUUGGAAGAAAUAUUUUAGACGAAUACGGAACCGAAGUCUUCAUUAUCCUAGCGGCGGUGGCCGUUGCCGUCCUCGCUCUCGCCAUUGCCCUGCCAGUGAUCCUGUGUAAACGCAAGAGAGCAAAACUGGCCAGAGAAAAGCAACCGCUUAAUGGGCCUUAGUGGAUAACAACACUGGAGAUUGUGGCAGUUCCAGUGUGGGAAAAGAAAAAAAGAGGAACCUUUUAAAGUCUCUGCUGCAGGACAUUGUGAAGCCAAAAUUUCCACUAUUUCUGUGGAUUCAAAACUUCUGAGACAGUCACAGAUGAAAAAUAUAUUAUAGGCACAAAGAUAUCAGGAAGCCCCUGUGACACUAAUAACUGGAAGCUGGAAGAGUAUUCUGGGAAGAUGUUAUAAUGUGCUUGCCCUGUUGAAAUACUCUUCCCAAAGCAGCCUCUAUUUGACAGAGGAUCCUGAAAGGACCUUUGAUUUGACCAGGUAUGGCCAUUCUGAAAGCAUGGCCGUAAUGAGCCAGAAAACUUCAGGUACUUGUAAGGGAAAAAACACUAUAUUUUUUCUAAACACUUUUGUCCUUUACCUAAUGCAAAGGACAUUUUCUGUUUUUGUUUCUAUGAAACAAAACCUUUAUUUAUCUGCCUUUUUUAUAACAUUAUUAACUGGAGACAUUAUCUGUUAGUUCAGAUCUGAAAAAGUUACUACUAUUCUGCACUGCUUGGAUAAAAAAAGCUUGGUCUAUUUAUCUUUGGAUAUAGGAAAUCAAAAGUGAACAAACUGAAAUCACUGUACUACUAACUUCUGUGAAACACUCCUGAAGUAGGUGCUGCUCUUCAUCUGGAAAAGACAUAUCCACAUUACACUAAACCUAGAAUCACACUACUAGGGUAAUCUGGUAAGUCCAGGUUAGUGUCAGGAUAUAAACUUUGCAGUUUUUGAGUCAGUGAUAACUCACUUCAUGCAAACACUGAGUAGGUAGCAGUAUUUACUGCACAUUGAACACUGAUUUUUUUAAUUAAAUGGUUGGUGAAUCAAUAGUUUGUUUUGCU